UUGUGACCGAUUUUUUCCCCACGUGGCGGAAACGGGCUUCCUUAGGGUUUUGGGCCAGGAGGACACCAUCAACGAAUGGCGAACAGGAACUGGCAAUGUGUCCCUUAUUUUCUCCUCCACUAUUCAUGCAACGGUAUCAAUUUGUGGUUGAUUUCGUGCAAAAGUACGAACCAAAAAAGGUUCUGGACCUUGGAUGUGCAGAGUGCAGGCUUCUGGAGAAGUUGAAAUACCAUGGCAAUGGAGUUGAGUUACUUGUCGGAGUGGACAAGGACAGCUCAGCCAUGCGAACAAGAAUGUACUCUUUUGCUCCUUUGUCGAGUGACUACCUGCAGCCCAGAACUGGACCUCUGGCAAUCGAGCUUUACGAGGGCUCUGUGACCCAACCAGACCCCAGCACCUGUGGCUUCGAUCUCGUCACCUGUAUAGAACUCAUCGAACACUUGCACCUAGAAGAAGUGGAGAUGUUUUCAGAAGUGCUCUUUGGGUUCAUGGCACCCAGUGCAGUGAUCGUCAGCACUCCUAAUGCUGACUACAACCCUCUGCUGCCUGGCCUGGUGGGCUUCAGACACCCUGACCACAAGUUUGAGUGGAGCAGAGAGCAGUUCCAGCUCUGGGCAUUGAGGCAGUGUGAGGUCUUCGGCUACACGGUGAACUUCACAGGUGUUGGAGCACUAGCUGAGCCUCACACAGAUGUUGGAUUCUGCUCCCAGAUUGCUGUGUUCAAUCAAGAUCCCUCGCCUCAGGAUUCGGCUGUGCAAUAUCGCUCAAGAGAGGAGCCCACUGUCUACAGGCUGCUGUACUCUGUGGUUUACCCCAGCCUGAGCGAUAACAACAUCCUGCAGAAGACGCUGGUGAAUGAAGUGCUGUGCAGGGCCGAGCUGGUCAAGCAAUCGUGGCUGAGUGGGAAGUGGGUUGCCAAGACGGCACCGGAGCCGUACAUGACUGGGAGUUCUGUGUGUGUGUCCCUACUGGAUGUGUGGUCCUGUCCCAGAGUGAGGUCUCUGUGCGGCACUUUGCGGAGGUUCACGGAGGCCCUGGUGGGUGAAUCGCGUGUGGUUCUGACCCCUGGCCGAGAGGCUGUCAUCAUACCAGUGGAUGAUGAGGAAGAAGAAGAGGAGGAGGAGGAUGAAGACGGGCAAGGUACAGAGACAAGGUGGACAGCUUCCGUCACCACAGAAGACUGGGAUGUGGAAAUUCCACACAAUUUAGACUCAAAUUUGCAUGGUGCAAAACAUGGCUGAACGCACACAUAAAUUCACAAAUACAAAGCUUAGUUGAUGUUCAUUCCAACCUGUUCUGGCUGUGAUUUGAAAUAGAAUAUACAGGACUUACAGGAUCUCCACAUUUUCUAAUUUUACUUAACUGCUUAACGAGUCUGUAGCACUUUGAGGAGUCACACUUGUUCUUUACAUUUGUUUACACAUCAUUUAGCUGUGAAUAUUGUGUUUUUUUUUUUUUUAUUUACACCCAAUUACACUUGAAGGAGUCUUCAUUUGUUAAUCAUUUAUGGUUUAUUUUUAUAGUGUGUAUAAAUAUUUUCAGUUGCACAAAUAAAACCCAAAAGCUUACAGUA